AUGGCGUCUCUUCUUCUCCUCACGGUGAUUGGCUCUGCUGCCGCGACUGCCAUCACAACCACCGAGCCUGCCAAAACUGCAAUUCAGGCUGCUGAAGCUACGACUGUUCCAGAGACUUGGACCUCCGAUAUUAAGGGUACUGCUUUCAACCGUUUCUACCAGAUCUGGCUAGAGAAUGACUACAGCUCCGCCGCUGAAAAUUCCGAUCAGCAAUGGCUAGCCAAGCAGGGCAUCACAUUGACCAACUACUACGCUGUUGGUCACUCCUCACAGCCUAACUACUGUGCUGCUGUCGGUGGUGAUAACUACGGAGCCGAUAACGUUGCAACUGAACAUUCUCUAGAUGAAUUUUGGCGGGUGCCCAGCAAUAUUUCCACCAUUGUCGACCUUCUCGAUACUAAGGGUAUAUCGUGGUCCGAGUACAUGCAGGAUAUUCCUUACGCGGGCUUCCAGGGCUUCAACUACUCCAACCAGGACACGUGGGCCAAUGACUACGUACGCAAGCACAACCCUUUGGUUUCUUACGACAAGAUUGCCAAUAACGAUACUGCUCUACGUCUGAUCAAAGGCUUCGAUCAGUUUGAGGAAGAGCUAAAGAAGAAAGAACUGCCUCAAUGGGCUUUUAUUACCCCCAACAUGACCAAUGACGGCCAUGAUACCAACAUUACAUACGCCUCCACCUGGCUCCGUGGCUUUGUUUCUAAUCUCAUGAACAACACCUACGUCUGGGAUAACACUCUGCUCCUGCUAACCUUUGACGAAACCGAGACUUACACCGAGCGUAACCGUGUCUUCUCCAUCCUCCUUGGUGGUGCUAUUCCCAAGGAUCUAGUCGGCACAAAGGAUGACACCGUAUACACCCACUAUUCCAGCAUAGCAACCGUCUCCGCAAACUGGGACCUCCCCUCCCUUGGCCGCUGGGACUGUGGUGCUAACCUAUUCCAGUUCGUCGCCGACAAAGUAAACUACACGAACUGGGACAUUGAUGCCACAAACCUGUACAUGAACUCCUCCAUGCCCGGCCCGCUUGAGCAGUGGGGUUACUCAAUCAAACGAAACACCUGGCCCGUGCCUGUGACCAGCGGCUCUUGCUCUGGUGGUAGCAGCAUCCUGCAGGCCGUCGUUGACACCUACAAGGGUCAGACACCCACUUACAAUUACAGCACGCCGUUUUCCUACGACGCCACCUUCGACGUGGGUCUUGGCAUUUCGUACUCUCGUAAUGGCGAGACUUACGUGUCUGGUGUUAAUGCCACUGGCGUUCAUGGAUUUGACAAGGGGAACUCCACUUCGAUUACCUCUAGCUCUGCUACGGCUUCGACUAGUAAUGGUGCUGCUGCUCAGAUGGCCACGCCUGUCUUCACUGGCUUCUUGGCUGUUGUCCUGGGUCUGCUUAGUUUCUUGUAG